UGACCGACCAAUAAGAUUUCUCGAUUAGUUCGUCCUCUAACAAGUUCCCGAGCAUUUCAAGUGUCCGCUCAUCCUGGAGAAGUUUAGUAAUCGAAAAACUUGCCAACUGAGCGUAAGUGAAUAAAUGAAUAAAUAUUGAGGAGCGAAUACUGACGGAAGAGGUGGAGAGAACGCGGGUAAUUGCUGAAUUUUUGGGAUAUUUCGGGGCGAUAUUUAUGCAAGGUUGAUUGCGCGAUCUAAAGCUCCAAUUUAUCGAGGACAAUGUCGAAUAGUUUGGGCACACCUCGUGACCGAUGGGAUGUCUGUGCUUCGGACAUCGCCAGGCGUACUCACAAUCCUAUCAGGGCUAUUGUCGAGAAUAUUGUCGUGGAGCCAAAUCCAAAUAAAAAGCUGAUAGCACUUUCUAUCGGUGACCCAACUACUUUCGGGAAUUUAAAGCCCCCGAGAGAAGUUAUCGAGGCGUUGCAGCAAAGUGUCGCUUCCUUUGAGUUUAAUGGAUACGCACCCAGCACAGGCCAUCAAAUAGCGCGAGAAGCUGUCGCGGAAUAUUGUUCAACAGAGAAUCUCGAAGUAGAAGCUAAAGAUGUGAUAUUGUGUAGUGGAUGUUCAUGUGCGUUGGACUUAUGUAUAACAGUACUUGCAAAAGAAGGGCAGAAUAUUCUGAUACCGAGACCAGGAUUUUCACUGUACCGGACACUUGCCGUGGGACUGGGUGUGGGAGUCAGAGCUUACAAUCUUUUGCCGGAUUUCGGGUGGGAGAUAGACCUCGAUCAUCUCGCAUCGCUCGUUGACGAGAGGACUGCUGCAAUCAUUGUAAAUAAUCCUUCAAAUCCUUGCGGGUCUGUCUACAGUCGUCAUCACCUGUUGGAUAUUAUCGACGUCGCUGCUAAGUAUCAUGUUCCAAUUAUUGCCGAUGAAAUUUACGAGCACAUGGUCUUCCCUGGACGAACCUUUUACCCGAUGGCCUCUCUAUCGACAGAAGUACCAAUCCUCUCAUGCAGCGGAUUAGCCAAAAGGUUUCUGGUCCCCGGAUGGCGGAUGGGAUGGGUAAUAAUUCACGACCGACAAAAUAUAUUCAAUAAUGAGAUACGCAACGGUUUACAAAGUUUGAGCCAAAGAAUAAUUGGAAGCAGUACAAUAAUUCAAGGAGCAUUACCGGGAAUACUUAAAAACACGCCUCAAAGAUUUUUCGACGACGUUACCAAGCUGCUAUACAACCACUCGAUAACGACGUUCAAUCUUAUUAAGGAGAUUCCUGGACUGAAGCCAAUUAUGCCUGAUGGAGCGAUGUACAUGAUGGUGCACAUAGACUUAGAGUCCUUCCCGGAGUUUAAUACUGAGGUUGAUUUUGUCGAGCGUCUAUUAAUGGAAGAGUCUGUUUUCUGCUUGCCUGGAGGUUGUUUUGAUUUACCUUCCUACAUAAGAUUGGUAAUAACAGUACCAGUAGAAAUGCAAGAAGAAGCCUGUAAGAGGAUCCGCGACUUUUGUUAUCGGCACCACUGCAAGACACAAAAUCUAAUAAGAAAUUCUAUCGAGGGCGUCGAGAUACCUUAUUAAUUAUUAUUAUUAUUUCUAAUAAUAAAAAAUUUCCAAUAAUAUUCCACUGUCAUAACUUAUAAAUUAUAAAUUGAUGUA